CAUGUUGUGAAAGUGCCUAGGGUCGUUUUUUUCAGGCAGUCAUGAUUCCCAUGAAAGGGGUGUCGUUUUACAUUUCCGAGAAGGAAGUAAAAAUUGGACCGACAAAGUAACGCGAAGCCUCCAUUGUAUUGGAAAUCCUGGUGUGCUUAGGUCGAGGUCGAUCGCAUGAUGAUUGGGAUAUCGAGAAAUAAUUUGACAACGCAGUUGGUUGAGAGGAUCGACGCUGAUCUUGAGACAUUGCCAACGUUUAUGAAAGCUCGGUGUCGUUGCCCUAGCAACAGGUGACAUCACGAUUAGAGAGCGACGAAGUUUGCAACUGGUAUACUGCUCUGCGCUGGUACUGCCAGCCCGGCCUAUUUGAUCAGUUGGUCGCCUGUCGUGCAAAGCGUACACACAGCUGUCUGCCCCCGUUGAAAACAACCAACUCAGCCAAGACCGUGUAUAUUGAUGAAAACUGACUGCAAGCGUCAGUAGCAGGCAAUUACAGUAGCACUCGGUAUACCGACGAGAGGAAAUGAACGUGACAUUUGUGGCACACGGAUGUCUCAAUGUGUCAGUGGCAAUUUGUAUAAAUUAGGCCUAAGGUUUAAUAGUGGGAACUGUAUAAAAGAUACCGUCUUUAAGAAAAUCCUUACACACCAUUUGAAUUGGAACCAAGUCAUGCUCUCAUAAGAAGGAUUUACAUAAACGCAUAUCUGGGGAACGCAAGCAAGUCAUGCCCUGUGUGACAUCUUAAUAAAGCCCGCCCUUUAGGUGCAACAUGGCGGGGGUUAACACCACUAGUGGAGCCUCUCCGUCACUGCCACUGUCAUUGUCGCCGUUACGGACACAGCCGGGUCUCCACGCCUCUCAAAUCUGGAACCCAUACGUCAACGACACUGCCACCAACACCUGGUUCCUGUGUAUCUCCAUGGGACUGGGCCUGACCGGCACGCUAGGUAACAUCCUAGUCAUAGGCUCGGUGCUAUUCUACAAGCCGCUACGGCGACUUCACAAUGCCUUCAUCGUCAACCUAGCCGUGGCUGAUUUAUGCGUGUCCGCCCUGAUCCAGUUCGCUACCGUGGAUGCGCUACUCAAGCUGGGGGAGAUCUUCUGGAAUCGCCCGGCACUCUGCAAUUUCUUCGGGUUUCUGUGCACCACGAGUUGUACGUGCUCACUUUGGAGUAUAACGGCCAUCAGCAUCAAUAGAUACGUCUGCAUCUGCCAUAAUUCUCAAUACCAUCGCAUCUACACACCAGGCAUCAAAAUGGCCGCCAUGUUAGCUGGUCUAUGGAUUGGCUGCUUCUUCAUGGAUUUACCCGCCCUCCUUGGAUGGGGCGGCCACGCCUACGAUCCUAAGGUCAUGUUCUGUACUUUCAACUACACCGCCUCGCUCAGCUACACGAUAUUCUUGGUGUCAGUCGGGGUAGGUGUCCCUAUCGUUAUCGUGAGUUAUUGCUACAUUCGAAUACUACUGUUCGUCCGGGCCAGCCGGCAGACCCUGCGGCGUCUAAGUCAGGGUGCUAACGAGCUCGCCUCCCUGGGCCAGGGGAAGCGUAGGAUAAGAAGAAGGGACUUGACGCUGCUCCGCACCGUUAUGACGUUGUGGAUUGUUUUCCUCAUCAUGUGGGCCCCGUACACCGUAUACGUUCUGUUUGAUACACAGAACACUUGGAAUCGAACACUGUACGUGUUGUUUGUUAACUUGUGCCAUGCUAAUAGCAGCGUCAACUGCGUGAUUUACGCUACCACCAACCCGACGUUCCGACGGGGUUAUGCAGCCUUCAUACGCCACAUUUUCUGUCGGAGACGGACCGUGGUAGCUGAAAGUCAGCGCCAUUCCCGUAACAUGUCAAAGAACGGAGACAUUCGACCAAUGUCGCACUCAACAAGCUGAUUAUCAACGACCCCUCCUCCUCCCCCCCCCCCCCUUCCACAAAGAAAUCUGAUGGAGGCUUUCAGACUCUAGGUGGCAGCAGACAUACUUAAACGUUUUCAUUCUUGCAAAUAGUGACUGUAUAAAGAUCCACAUCUGGAGGAGUUUCAGUCUACUAAAUCUCCCCUAAAUGCGUCACAAUUUAGUCAGCAAUCUAUAGAGUCCGGAUGGCAACAUAGUAUGAGCAACAAUAAUGUUUCCAUAAAUAAGGGUGCCAAUGCAUGUUUAUAUGCAUACUUUGUACAUAAUGUAUUUUCUGCACUCUUUGCAGUUUCAGUAUAUGGUAAUGGUUUGUCCUUGUCACUCAAAACAUGAAUAGUAAAAAUCAAAUUUAUCUUCUUUAUACAUGAUGAAAAACGUUGUUUCGCGUGUAAACGGGGACAACACAUUAACUUUUUGGUGUUGCUGUUACACGUGAAAUCUUUUUUGUCAUAAAUAUCUGCAUGAUUACACUAAAAAAAGUUUGAAACUCCUUUAUUUCAUAAAGUAAUUGGUAUGAUUACACACUAAAGAAAAUUGAGACAUUUUGAAUGAAAUGCUUCAGAUUAUUAUUGGGAAACCAACCUCUAAAUAUGGAAAUAACCACUAUUUAGUGCAACAUGUCCAUCCGAAAAUGUUUGAAUUUUAUAGAAUAAUAAGUGUCAUUUAUUAGCUUAGGCCUAUGAAAUGUAUAGAAUUCAGAAAUGUUCAAAGAAAGCUAACAUUAUAUAUGGCACAAAAAGAUAUUUUGCUUCACACUGUAAUGGACAUUCGGGUUUCCAACCAUGGUUUCCAACGUUACAAGUGAAACUAGCAACUUAUUUGCGCUUUGUUUCCUAAGCCUGUCAGUAAAUAUUCAAAUGUUCAUAACAGACACGAGUAUCUUUUUAAUGCUUUAUAUAAUAAUAUGCAUAUUACACAUUUUCGAUAAAAACCAACAGAAAUAUGAAGUCACCAAUUUCACGCGCAACAGGAACAGUGUCCAUGUGACACGUGACACGUGAAACCAUGUUUUUCGUCAUAUAAAAAGAAAAUCAAGUCGGGAAAUGAAAAUAUUAUGUUUAAAGUACUAACAUCAACCAGUCCUACAAAUUUGAAUUGCAAAGGUUAAAGAAAAUAUUUGCAUCCAAACAUAAUGUCACACUUUGGUACCCUUAUGGAAUUAUCCAUAUGCACUUUAAUUUCCUAUGAGAGCCAGGUGCGCGUCCCACCUGGCUCUCACAGGAAAGAGCACAUGUAAACAAAGCAGGAGUUUAGGUCUAAUACUUCCAGGGUUUUUUUCUGGAAAACCUUACUUUUCUUUUUCGGCCUCUUGGCUGAAACUCAAAGAAUGUCAGCUUGCGUCAUGUUUGCAAUAAAUACACGCGAAUGCUCUGUCAAAGAGCAUGUUUUCUGUCGAACAUAACAUGUUUCGGACUGGCGUUAAGAGUCGCACCGAACGGAUUCUGGAGCGAAUCCUUCCGACCGACCGUGCAAUGGUCGACCUUUCGACGUAUUCGCCCCUAUUGUUGUUUCAAAAGUCGACCUUUUCAAAUGCUAAAUUUAAAUCAUCGGAAUAGUUUGAUUCGGCACGAGUCUGGAACGCCGAUCUGAAAAUGUGUAUCAACAUCCGAAUGUUCGUGCCAAAAUGUGGAAUUCUUGUAUACGUCGUAUAGGAUCAACAAGCUCCAGCCUUAAUUAUUCGCCAAAAAAAUGUGUGUUUUUUCGCAGACCAUCGCACUGUCCUCAUAUAUAACCAUUAAUCCAAUGGAUGUCCUAAAUAUAAAUGUCAAAAUUGAGAAGUUGAGCUUGAGUGAUUUUUUGAUCAUCCGCUCCCAACUCUAAUAGCUUCCGCUUGAGUCUCUUGAGACUCAUACAAACUGGGCGGGAGCUGCACAUACAGAGAGCAUUGGUCGUUUGAUAAUGGCGGUUAUGUCUAAUGUUCCAUUUCACGCAGCAAUGCCACCUCGGGCGCCGAAAUGUCAAUGAAUGUUAUCGGAAGUGACGGUUUGUGUCGGCAGUCGAAUGGUAUGGGCAGUCAUGUGUAUUAUAAAUGCAAAGAGCCUACAGUCAUUUCAACGGUGUACAGAAGAUUCAACAUUGACGUCUAAGGCACGACGUCAACACCAAAAUGUCCUAUUUGAUGUUGAGUGUCAUAAAUUUGAGAAAUUAAGAAUAAAACAUCAAAUGAUUUAACAUCA